AUGGAAAAAAAAGCCAGUUGGUUAAAACGUUUGCUUAGUCGUAAUACAUCACCAAGUAUUAAUUUAACUAAAACAAGAGAAGGUAUUAUUCCUGAACAUCAUCAAUUAGCCAUUCGAAAUUAUCAAGAAUUAAAUAAAUUACGUGAAGAUGUACCUAUGGGUAAAUGCUAUUUCAAUUCAAUAUUUAUCUUUAAUUAACGUAUUCUUUUCUUUUUUUACAUAGUGUGGGUGUGGGUGUGGAUGUGGGUUUGGGUUGGGUGUGGGUGUGGGUGGUGGGUGUGGGUGUGGGUGUGGGUGGUGGGUGUGGGUUGGAUGUGGGUUGGGUGUGGGUGUGGGUGUGGGUGGUGGGUGUGGGUUGGGUGUGGGGGUGGGUGGUGGGUGUGGGUGUGGGUGUCUGAAGGAACAAUACUCACACCCACCCACACUCACACCCACCCACACUCACACCCACACACCCCACACCCAAACACCCACACACACCCCCACACC